GUGCUACAGGUGACCUCACGCCGAUGUGCUCCGAAGGAGGAUCUGCUGCUAGAUCAUCUUGAGGCCGUGCUCAGCACGGCCUUCGAACUGCAGAUGUACGGCCUCUACCUGCAGUCGGCUCCGGCAAAAGUGGCCGGACUGCUCGCAUCGGAGGACUCCGUGCCGAAUGCGAAGAACGAGAAGCAGAAACUUUGCCGUGAACUUCGAGAAGAGUGGGAGCUCGUGCUUCACCUGGAAGCUGCCACGGACACGGCAGUGCUCAAGAAGCAACGGUGCAGCUACACGGAGCAGCAGAUCUAUCGCGAGCUCAUGACCCAGUUGGAGGUUCACAGCUUCCAGUCGUGUCCUGCUGUGGAGGACUUGAUCCGCUCCUGGUAUCCUCCUCUGGCCUUCUCAGCCAAUUGCGAGACAUGCUUCAACUGCUUGGAGGAUGAUGUGAAGCGAGGCCAGAAAUCUCAAGGCCUUUCCUUGACGGGCUUACAAGCCCUCGCCAUCCGGAGUGUGCAGCACAGGGUCCUCUCGGCUGAAAACUCAGCCUCAAAGGUGAGCCUGACAGAUGAGGAUUGGGAAGGGAAUGAGAUUCGAGGCCUCAAGCCUGAAGACUUCCGCCUGGACGACAUCCUUAAACCUUUUCCGUCCACGAGCCCUUUUCACCACAACCGCAACGCUUUGACGGCGAUGAGCGGCUGGAUGGCGGCCCGGAGGCUCGGUGUGGAUGUGACGCAGGCAACGGGGACGUUCUGGACGUCCUCCAUCGUUCAGCGAGCUAUGCUGCUGCACGUCGACAACAGCAAGUGGUACCUUUGCCUCGGCAGCACGCCCAACGCCUUGGCCCUCAAGCAGUUGACCUACGAGUUUCGUGGCACGCUGCCGCCGGCAGAGGUCGACGAGCGAAACAUCGCAGCAGACGGCACCUGCGGACUACCCGCAGAGGAUCCUCUGGCUGAGCACCAACGGGUCUGUGCUCUCGCUGUGGACAUGGAUGCGCGAAUGCCUCAGCAGCUCUUGCUCGAGCUGUCCCAGGUGCGGGUCUUUGACUACACCCUGCACUUUUGCAAGGGAGCUCUGGCUGCCAAGCUCGACACCUCCUGCCUGGCAAGACGUAGUGUUGAGGGCAACAGCCUUCUCGUGGCACUUUUCCAGAAGCUGGGCAUCGUGAAAGUGACAGUGGAGUCGCUCUCCGAGCUUCUCGCUGCCUACAAGGUGCCCCUUCGCAAGAAUGCCAGCAAAUCCGCCAAGGUCCGAGCCUUGAUGCAAGUUCCGGAGGUGAAAAAGGCAUGCAGCCCAGAGACUUUGCAGCGGGUGGAGAACAUGCUGCAAGAGAUGGACCAGCGACGAAACAAGAAGUCCAUGGCGGAAGCCGAGAAAGAGCAAGAGGACGAGGCUGCUCCAGACGAGCAGGAGCUGCUGGAGCCGGAAGACCCGGCUUGGGUUGCCGCCCGAGAGAUGGUGGAUGCGAUGGACCGCGAGCAGGAAGAGGAGAUUCAGGCUUCGUUGAGACCUCCCGAUGCAGAGCUUGCCAGUCCGGCUGAGGAUGCUCAGAUGGAGGCCGCAGAGAGGGAAACCAAGGGCGAUGAGGAGCCGCAGCCAGCUGCUCAGCGGCCUGCUGCCGCCGAGGGUCAGGACCAGCAGGCUCCCGCAGAGAGGUCUGCUCCCGCUGACUCCGCUGCGACUGCGAAGAAGUCGCGG